AACGGGAAUUCCAAAGGGACCCCCACCUCACGCCACAUCUAACAUUUCUCUCCUCGACUCGGCGUCGUCUCCAAAAUUCCCCAUCUCCCUUGCCUCCGGCGAACCCUUGCUCCCUCCCUUCCACGGCGGCGAAGCUCUCAACAUGGCGGAUGCACGGGGAGAGGCUUCCGGCGGGGACAAGGCCACGCGCCCGUCGCGCCUCCGCGUCGUACGCCCGGACGUCCAGGAAGUCCUCAAGAGCCCUCGCCGUAGCCGCCCUAAGAAGCAGCAGCCUCCGCCUCCGCCCCAGCCCCCGCCGCCAAGGAAGCAGAAGCAGGUAAAGGAGAAGAAAGACCGGGGGAAGGAGAAGGAGAAGGAGAAAGAGAAGGGAGAGGAGGAGCAAUUCGAUCCCGUGCGGUACAAUUGCGCCUUCCAGCACGAGGACGAAGGGAGCCGCGACUUCGCGCCGCCGGAGCUUGUUUGGGGUAAGGUGCGGAGCCACCCAUGGUGGCCCGGCCAGGUCUUCGACGCUGCUGACGCGUCCGAGGUCGCGCUGCAGCACCGGAAGGCCGGCGCCCCGCUUGUCGCCUAUUUCUGGGACAGGACCUUCGCUUGGAGCGACGGCUCCGCGCUGCUCCCCUUCCACGCCAACUUCACGCGGUUGUCCGCCCAGAGCUCCAUGUCCGGCUUCGUCUCCGCCGUCGACGCCGCGCUGCAGGAGGUUGGGCGACGCGUGGAAGCUGGCCUCUCGUGCAGUUGUUUCGCUUCCAGUGUUGCCACCAGGCAGGAGGUUCAGAACUCUGGCAUCCGGCAAGGAGCCUAUGGUGCAGCGGUAGACGCCUCGUAUAUGAGGGACGCCUUCCAAGGCAAAGCAUUUCUGAACUACAUCUCAGCACUGGGAAGGAGGCCGCUGGCUGGCGCUGAUCUUCUUGACCUUGCCACUGCCAGAGCGCAGCUGAGGGCGUUCAACCGAUCAAGGGGUUCAAGGGAUCUCCCUGAGUUUGUGACGUUCGAGGGUAUUGAGGAGUUUGCGGUGGCGAUCCCACGCACAAAAGGGCAAAGGAUGAACAAGAGUGGUGAGUCUGAUGUUCCGACCAAGGACAAUAAAUCCAGGCAUGCUGGGAGUUCAUCGCACAGGAAACAGACUUUACCGGAAGCUAUGGAGGAGGACAGCGGUGGAGGCGCAACAGAUGAUACAUUGAGUAGCAAGGGGAAAAGGUCAAAGCACAUGAAGAGUUCAGAGAAGAAGAAGAAAAUAGGCAUUUCCAAAGAUUCAGGUGGACUCGAUACAGCUGAUGUUGUUGAGGGCAAAACACCAGCCAACAAGACAGUGGAUGGUAUUUCGAGCAUGAGCAAAUCUGGGCGCACGCUAAGAUCCAUGCGCAAGAAGGAAGAUGCCUUGGAGGGUUUGAAAAGGCUGGGAAAUGAAGAUAGUGAUGAAACCUUAACAGGGAAAAGCAAAGAUGCCCCUUUGCUUAAAGAAAGCAAGCUGAUGCAUAGAACGAGCUCUGCACGCAAGAGGAGUAAAAUUACAGACCAUGGGCAUGAAGUUGAAGAUCUCAGUGUGAACAAUUCCGCUUCGAUUGGCAAGAGAAGGUCGGGGCGUGCUGAAAUGAGCAAUAGAGUGCCCAUCUCCGAGCAUGGUAGGAAGAAGAAGAAACUUUCUGAACUUAUGGCAGAGACAGGCAGUCCUAAUUCUGCAUCUGAUGGCAAGAGCAAGACUCGAGGGAAGCGUUCUUCGCAUGAAUCAACUGAGAAAGCUGAGGAUCCUGAUCGUGACUCCAAGGAUACGAUGAAGGCUAGGAAAAGAAAGAAGCUCAAUACAUUGGGGGAUUUGUCUUCCCAGUCAGAGCCUUCCUGUCAUAAGAAGUCCACAAAGGUUGGGAAACUGAUGACCAAAGCUUCUGGGAGCAGCAUAUCACAUACACCACCUGCUGUCAAAGCUAAUGGUGCAGCGUCUCAGACAAAAUCACGCAGAGCUAAACACAAGCUAGUAAAUGCUGCAGACAAGUCUCCACGUCCUGUGAAGGUGGAUCGGGGCAAGAAAGAAGCCUUUAGUGAGGAGUCUCUAUCUUGCGAUGAAAUGCUAUGGCAGCUCUCAGUAGCUGCAUGUGAUCUUAAGCAGCGAGAGAAAAUCGUCCCCACAAGUGUUAACUUCUUUACUGAUUUUAGGAACAACUUGACGGUUUCUAGUUCUGAUGUCAAUGAGGAGGUACCUGAGAAGGCAGCUAACAUUGAAUCCACUCCUUCUGAACAGCCUCUUGCUGAUCAUAUGAAGGAUGACUAUUGGGCUGACAUUCUCAUUAAUGUGGAGGAGCCACUGUCUAGCCUCAAAAAGAAGAAAGAUGAGAGUAAGAAAAGAACAAGCAAGAAGGCACAUCAGGUCAAGAAACUUACUGAUACUCCAUCAGUGACUCUGGAAAAUGCAGAUGAGCCAAGAAGUGAAGGCAAAGAAGAUACAGAGAAUGGGGAACAACUUAAGGCCGAAAGCAAACCGGUGGUCGCAAAUGGGUCUCGACUGAACACUGGAACCAAAUCUGCUGAAGAAAUGGAACAUAGCAAUGGCGUGCUGGCUGGGCUGGUGCUGCACUUCAGCGGGCCAAGAGCUGUUCCAUCACGCAGUGACCUUAUCAAGAUUUUUAGUCAAUACGGGCCUGUUAGCGAAGCCAAGGCAGAGAUUGCAAACAAUGCCAACUCUGCUCAGGUGAUCUUCAAGAGGCGCAUGGAUGCUGAGGCAGCGUUUGCAGGCGCUGGGAAAAUCAGUGCCCUUGGACCAGCCCUUGUCAGCUUUCGACUCACCGACUUCCCAGCUGUUGCUUCAGGAAAUGAACCUUCGCAUGGUGCAUCAAAGAAAUGAACCCUAAGCUGUAGAAGCUGUUGCAUAACCAAUGAGGUCAACAAGAUGAGGGAGUUAGAGGUAAAGGUAUACUAAGUGGUAGCUAGCUUGUUGCAGAAUUAAGCAUUCAUAGGAACAGCGAUCGCAUCUAUGUUUUCCAGUGUUGUGAAGUGUCAUAUACUCUUGCGUCAUUGUACGCUGCGGACCAGAUCAGACAGUUACCAAUAGGUGUUGUAAAAACAUGUUUUAAAGCUGUUCUUUUUACUUUGUUUCUUAAUCCGAGCACUGGAUUCUGAUGUGGGUGCAAGCAUAUCUUUGUAUUGUUUGGUGGAUA